AGCUCAUGAGGCUGGAGUAGUUACAUUACAAGUGGCAUGUGAAGGCUUUGUGAUAUCGAAUUCAGCAAUGUUCGAGUACAAGAGGCGUGGAACUCAACCUCAUGACUCUCUCCUCAGAUUCACACUUUCCCAAAGGCUCGACAAUCUUGACUCUCGACUUGAUAUAAAGCAAGAACCUCAAGAUCCGCUGGAAAUCUCUGCGUCUCGAGGAGGCAACGGUACCAGCUUUGAGGACAAGUUAGUCUGCGAGGUCGGAAAGAUGAGCAGGAGGAUGUGGCGUGAUACAGAUACAGUUGAAACUACCGUCGACUGGUGCGACACUUACAAUGGCAUGACAUUGCUUCAUCUAGCUGCCAGCCUCGGUUAUUCAAGAUUGGUCUGCUCAUUGAUUCAUUGGCGAACCCAGUGCCCAUCUUCCAUCCUCGAACUAGAAGUAGAUGGCCUGAAUCAAGACAACGAUGGAUAUACUCCUCUUAUGAGGGCAUGCGAGAGGGGACACUCUGAGACAGCACAGCUGUUGUACGAAUGGCUCCCGGCUAGCGGAUCGGUAAUGAACAAGAGGGGAGAGGGGCCUGUUGAAGUCGCUAAGAAAUUCAGCCAUAACUGGCUUGCAUCCGAGUUGCAAGCUAGGCAAGAAGCUGCCUUCAUACCGCAUUCCUCAUCUACUAAAGGAUCAAUAAAAAAGGACCAGGAAAGGGGAGAAACGGAGAGUACUAACGGUUCUCUUGAGUCGUUGCACAGCUCGCGAGAUGAUGGUGUUUUCCUUCAUCCCAAUUCCUUAGUUAGGUCAGAAUUAGGUAUGAAUAUGGAACUACACGUGAACAUUCCACAAUGGUCCGAGGGUAGAAGAGCCAUCAGCAGGACAUCUACUCCAAGCCCUAGUACAGAAGGACAACUUUCCAAGCUGCUGUGCGGCGAAAGGUUAGUAAAAAGGCCUUCGGUUGACUCUGGUAUUCAGUUACAAUCUUCGCUCGACAGUUUACCAUCAAGUCAAAUUUCAUCCGGUCGCCAGAGCAAACUUUCAGAUUCUUCAAAGCUAUCAAGAUUUGAUAGAAGUAUGUCAUUGCCACUGAACCCACAACCAGGCGAUCUAGGCUAUGAAUCGAAACUAGACAAUCAUCCAUCACCAAUAAGAAGAAUGGAUUUCACCCUAUGUGACGCUAAGAGGGAGACUUCGCCACUCCAGAUGGAUGCUGUCCUGCUGUCGACGGAGGAAGUGAAGCGACAAUCCGUAGGUGAACAAGACGCAAGAGUACUUACGCUCGCUGAACAAAUAAUAGCUGCUAUGCCUGAUAGGAUAAAGAAUGAAAGUGAAGGUGACAUGAUGAUGUUAAGCUCGGACGAUAUGGAAGUGAUGUCGAUGGAGUCGCCUCUUCUUCUGGAUGAGCCACCCUCUUCUUCUUCAUCUUGUUGUUUUGACAGCUCGGAAUUUAAUUUUGAUAACAAUUAUAGGUAUUACGAUGUUGGGACUCCUUGCUCAUCGCUUAGCCCAGGAAGCUGCCUCCCUUCGCCACCAUUCCCACUGCACCGUUCGCCUUCACCGCCGCCAACGACAGCUGAUUUCUGUGAAUUUCUCCAAGCUUCCAACUCAACUUAUUUUGAAAAAGAUUUCUCCAAUCUCACCCUUUCAGAUCGAGAACAGAGAGAACUGUAUGAGGCUGCCAAAGUGAUACAGAAAGCUUACAGAAGUUACAAGGGGCGUAAGAAGUUGGAGCAGGAUAAGGAGAGGCAAGCCGCAGUUCUCAUUCAGAACUAUUAUAGAAGAUAUAAACAAUACGCUUAUUUUAAACAAAUGACUCGUGCAGCGAUGGUCAUCCAGAACGGCUACAGAUCUUAUUGUGAGAGCAAGCGCUUUAAGAAGAACCAGGAGAUGAGCAGCGGUACCCGUGUGUUCAGAAAUUAUAGGGAAGAGCCCGAAAGUGCACCCAAUGGCUUAAAGAGAACUUAUUCUCAACGGAGACAACACCAAGCAGCUAGAAAAAUUCAGCAGUUCAUGAGGCAGUCAAAAAAUAACUUAUGGGAUAUAAGUGCUGGAACAAUAAUUACAGAGAGAGCGAGCAGAAAGAGAGAAGCAGGCCCGAUGCAGGGGGUCCCCUCAUCAAAAUUAGCCCUUCUUCCGUUCCAUGUCUCCAAAUAAAGGUUG